AUGGCAGGCUUUGAAACGGAUUUCAUGGCUUCGAGCUCCUCCAACCAGCACAGAGCCCGUUGGGCUCUCCGUAUUCCCUUGGCGCAACUUGUUGCACUAGAAUAUGGAUUUCUUUGCACAAGGGAGAGCCGUAGAAGGGACCUUAUUUCCGCCAAUUUGACACUGGUCCUCACGUUUCUUCGUCGGGGCACAUGGCGACCGCCCCAAGGAAGUAGGGUUGUCGCCUCGGCCCUGGCUCCAGCCUCAACGCGACCGGGUGGAUCUUCGCGGAUCCAGAAGAACUAUCGAAGUGAGCCCAUUUCGAUGCAAGAUCACUCGUGGCCCUUCAUUCAUCAGGACAAAAAGGGCACUGAGGUCGAGUGGCGUGAGCACGACCGAGCGAGCACAUGGCCCAAGUCAUCCCGGGGAAAAGAAAACUGGGAGGUCAGCCAGCGUGGGAACAACCAUGAUCCACAAGCCCCGAAAAUGCCAGACGUACUUCCCAGUCCCGACGGUGUCGAAAGGACGUUUCACGGCCCCAGGCUAGCCCAUUCCAAACAGUCCCGGCCCUCGGCGGCCGGUUCUGAUUGA